AUGAGCAACUUCAACGAAUUCUCCGAAAGAUUCUCGUUUGGUGAAAACAAACAGAAACCGAGCACGGGAUACGAAUACCGCCCGUUCGAACAACAAAAAAGCUUCCCCCAUGGCCUCUACAACACCCAUUCGACGCCCAGCGACAACAAUGCUUUUGAGAAUCUGAAUACGGAAUCAGCCCCACAAGAGUUUGAACAACCGAACCAUGCGAAACAACAACUCGACGCCCAAUCUCAACAAACCUAUUUCUACACAAACAGUUGGAACGAAAAGCCGACAGCCUACAGAGACACCAACAUGUAUGAAGAGGAAAAUAAUUACAACCAGCAGGAGUCAGUAGACCAAAAAUACGAUCCCACAAGAAAAGAAGAGGUCAACAAGAAGAGAGACACGUUUUUUGAGCCGACCGAGGACAAAAAAUACGAUCCCACAAAUACAAUGUACCAUAAAAAUAAUGAGCAAGAGUACAUUCCUCAACGGAGUUACAAUAACGACCAGGAGAAGAGUUACAGCGAACCAAAAUAUAAACUCAAUGGUUAUAAAUACGGAAAUCCUUUCACCGGCGGGCUUGACGCCCGGAAUUUUGUGGUGGAUAACAACAACAAUCAGUUAGAGGGGGAAGAAGAUGAGCCUUAA